GAAAGGGGAGCAGACAGCCGAACAGAAGGGGAAUAAACAAACCUAGAUAAACACCGAUUCGAAGGGAAAUGUGGAUGGAACGGUUCUUGAUCGGCGGUGUUGAUUUUCUGUGAUUUAAUUUCGCGCAAACAGUGAAAAAUUGAAAAGUCUCGCACGAAACGUUGUUGUUUGAUUUUAAAGUGUUUGUUUCAGUAUUCGUCGGUUGCGAGUUAUUAAGUGUGCUUUUGUGUCCAUGGUUCCGAUUGAUAACAUUCUUCAAAAUCACGUCUAUCUCAUCCAGGUCAAAAAAUACUUAAAAGCAACGCAUUACGAUGAAAGAUUUGAAAACGGAGAACCCAGCGAGCGCCAGUCUCCCGAAACCGGAGACCAGCAGGUGUUGCAGCAGUGGCGAGGCGCUGCUAAGGCCAUCCUUGGUGCCCAUGGAAUUGGAAUCGUCUGAGCUGGCGGCGGAUCAGAAGGCCCGGGACAACUGGGGUAAUUCGCUGGAGUUCCUAAUGUCCUGCAUCGCCCUGAGCGUGGGAUUAGGCAACGUGUGGCGCUUCCCAUUCACGGCACUGGAAAACGGAGGCGGCGCCUUCCUAAUUCCCUACCUCAUCGUCCUGUUCGUGGUGGGAAAGCCGAUUUACUACAUGGAGAUGCUGCUGGGCCAGUUCUCCAGUCGCGGAAUCGUGCAGGUCUUCGACUUUGCACCGCUCAUGAGAGGUGUGGGCUAUGCUCAGUUAUUGGCCCUCGGGGUCUUGGCCACUUACUAUGCCUCGGUGAUGGCAUUAACGCUGCGAUACUUCUUCGAUUCCUUCGCAUCGGAGUUGCCGUGGAGCAACUGCCGCCCGGAAUGGGGUAAUGGGUGUGUGAGUGCUUCAGGAGAUCAGGUUCUUCAAGGUCAGCUGUCGGGGAACUUCAGUUCCUCCACGCAACUCUACCUGCAACGCGUUGUGCUAAAUGAAACCGAUUCGCUGGAGCACGGAAUCGGUUAUCCGAGUGGUAGUUUAACUUUGAUGCUUGGGAUUUCCUGGCUCACAGUCACACUGAUCAUCAUUCGGGGAGUUAAGAGUUCAGGAAAGGCUGCCUAUGUUCUGGCCCUCUUUCCAUAUGUUGUGAUGUUCAUUCUGCUUGUGAGAGCUUUAACUUUGCCAGGAGCCUACGAUGGCGUCAUGUACUUCCUGACUCCACAAUGGGGAAAACUCUUGGAACCAGAGGUUUGGUACAAUGCAGUUACCCAGGUGUUCUUUUCCCUGGCUGUUUGUUUUGGCGUGAUCAUCAUGUACUCCUCAUACAAUCGAUUCGGACACAAUGUCUAUAGAGAUGCCAAUAUUGUGACCACCUUGGACACAUUUACCUCGCUGCUAUCUGGAGUGAUUAUCUUUGGAAUCCUGGGAAACUUGGCACAUGAAUCUGGCACCAAGGAUAUUGCCAGUGUGGUGAAGGCGGGUCCUGGAUUGGCCUUCAUCUCCUAUCCAGAUGCCAUUGCCAAAUUCAAGUUUCUGCCGCAGGUCUUUUCGCUGCUGUUCUUUGCCAUGCUUUUUAUGCUGGGCGUUGGCAGUAAUGUGGGCAUGGUCAGCUGCAUUAUGACGGUUCUGAAGGAUCAGUUGGUCAACUUGAAGUUAUGGAUCAUCGUGGUCUGCCUGUCCUUAAUUGGAUUUCUUGUGGGUCUGAUUUACAUAACUCCCGGAGGACAAUAUAUAAUCACGCUGAUGGACUUUCAUGGAGUGACUUUUGUCUCCUUGGUUUCGGCCAUUUUUGAGCUAUUUGCCGUGGGCUGGAUCUACGGUACAAAACGCCUUUGCCGAGAUGCCGAGUAUAUGCUAAACAUAAAGACAUCUUAUUACUAUAGGAUCUGCUGGUCCAUUGUCACUCCUUUGGUAAUGGUAAUCAUCCUAAUCUACAGCUUGCUCACCAUGCGACCACUAAGUUACAAUGGACAGGAAUUUCCACUUUCCUACAGAGUAUUUGGCUGGUGUGUCUCUGGUUUCAUAAUUGGCCAGCUGUUCUAUUGGGCAUUUUAUGCCAACUGCAAACAGCCAAAAGGAUCGCUAAAAUGUCGCAUUAGCAAUUCAAUUAAGCCGCAUUCCGAUUGGGGUCCUCUUGACCCGAAAAAGCUGAUGGACUACCAGAUGUUCCUGCGCCACAAGGAUGAAAAGGACUCCAGGGACAUAAAUCGUCGUUGUGUUUGCCAUACAGCCGGGGAUCGGAUUUUUGGCUAAGACGGACUUCUUAAAAAGUUGCUGAAUUUAAAGCAUUGUAUUUAUUCCUAAUUGGAAGUUUAUACGACAGCUUGUUUAGUUGUACUUAAUAUAUUUUAUACACAUUUUAAACUUUUAUUUAUACAAAUUGAAAUCAAACAAAAAUCAAUUAA